AUGUUCAUCUUUAUGGCAGUCCUCUUCCUCCUCAGCUAUCCACUUCUCAAGGCCAAUUAUUUUGCUCCCAGGUGCUUUUGGAGAAUAAAUCUGAGUGAAGUCAAGGAAGAAGCUCUGGGUUUAACUUGUUCCUUCAUCCUUGAAGCUGUUCAGACACCUAUGGAGAAAGAUUAUUUCAACCAGACUCUGAAUGUCCUAAAAACAACUAAAAUCCACAAAUACGCUUUGGCAUUGGUCUUUGCAAUGGAUGAAAUCAACAGGAAUCCUGAUCUUUUACCAAACAUAUCUUUGAUUAUAAAACACAAUUUCGGCCACUGUGAUGGAAAAACUGUAAACUAUUCAUUUCUUGAAAAAAAUUAUCAACCUGUGUCUAAUUAUUUCUGUAACAAAGAGACUAUGUGUUCAUUUCUACUUACAGGACCUCACUGGAUGACAUCUUUUGAAUUUUCAUUACUCCUGGACAUCUUCUUAUCUCCACGUCUCCUUCAGUUUGCCUAUGGACCAUUCCAUUCCACAUUCAGUGAUGAUGAACAAUUUCCCUACCUCUAUCAGAUGGACCCAAAGGACACAUCUCUAGCAUUGGCAAUGGUCUCCUUCAUACUUUACUUCAACUGGAACUGGGUCGGCCUUGUCAUCUCAGAUGAUGAUCAAGGUAGACAAUUUCUUUCUGAAUUGAAAAAAGAAAGUGAAAACAGGGAAAUUUGCUUUGCCUUUGUGAACAUGAUGUCAGUCUAUCACAAAUCAUUCUAUCCAAAAACUGAAAUGUACUACAAACAAAUUAUGAUGUCAUCCACAAAUGUUAUUAUCCUUUAUGGGGAAACAUACAGUAUUAUUGAAUUGAGCAUCAGAAUGUGGGACUCUCCAGUUAUACAGAGAAUAUGGGUCACCACAAAACAAUGGGAUUUCCCUACCAGUAAGAGAGGCUUACCCCAUGGCACAUUCUUUGGGACUCUUACUUUUCUACACAACCAUGGUGAGAUUUCUGGCUUUAAAUAUUUUGUACAGACAUGGUAUCAUCUCAGAAGUACAGACUUAUAUUUAGCAAUGCCAGAGUGGAAGUAUUUUAACUAUGAAGCCUCAGCAUCUAACUGUGAAAAACUGAAGAACUAUUCAUCCAAUGCGUCAUUGGAAUGGCUAAAGGAAGACUCAUUUGACAUGUCCUUUAGUGAUGUUAGUCAUAACAUAUACAAUGCUGUGUAUGCCAUGGCCCAUGCACUCCAUCAGGUGAAUCUGCAACAGGUUGAUAAUCAGGCAAUAACCAAUGAGAAAGGAGCCAGUUCUCACUGCUUGAAGGUAGAUACUUUUCUGAGAAAGACCCACUUCAUUAAUCCUCAUGGGGGCAAAGUGAUUAUGAAACAGAGAGUAUUACUGAAGGAAGACUAUGACAUUUUUCACUUUUGGAAUCUCUCUCAACACCUUGGGAUUAAGGUGAAGAUAGGAAAUUUCAGGCCAUAUUUUCCACCCGGUCGACUCCUUCAUUUAUAUGGAGAUAUGAUUGAGUUAGCCACAGGAAGUAGAAAGAUGCCAUCUUCUGUGUGCAGUGCAGAUUGUGGUCCUGGAUUUAGAAGAUUAUGGAAGGGAGGAACGGCAGCCUGCUGUUUUGUUUGCAACCCCUGCCCUGAAAAUGAAAUUUCUAAUGAAACAAAUAUGGAUCAGUGUGUGAAUUGUCCAAAAUACCAAUAUGCCAACACAGAACAGAACAAAUGCAUUCACAAAGGUGUGAUGUUUCUAAGCUAUGAAGACCCCUUGGGUAUGGCUCUUGCCUUAAUAGCCUUCUGUUUUUCUGCGUUCACAGCUGUGGUGCUUUGGGUCUUUGUGAAGCACCAUGAAACUCCUAUUGUGAGGGCCAAUAAUAGGAUCCUCAGCUACCUAUUACUCAUGUCACUCAUGUUCUGUUUUCUGUGCUCCUUUUUCUUCAUUGGCCAUCCUAACAGAGCGACCUGUAUCUUACAGCAAAUCACAUUUGGAAUUGUGUUCACUGUGGCUGUUUCCACAGUUCUAGCCAAAACAAUCACUGUUGUUCUGGCUUUCAAAGUCACAGACCCAGGAAGAAAGUUGAGAAACUUCCUAGUAUCUGGGACUCCCAACUACAUUAUCCCCAUAUGUUCUCUAUUCCAAUGUAUUCUGUGUGCAAUAUGGCUAGCAGUUUCUCCUCCUUUUGUUGAUAUUGAUGAACAUUCUGAGCGUGGCCACAUCACCAUUGUUUGCAACAAGGGCUCAGUUACUGUAUUCUACUGUGUCCUGGGAUACUUGGCCUGUCUGGCCCUUGGAAGCUUCACUGUUGCUUUCUUUGCAAGGAAUCUCCCUGACACAUUCAAUGAAGCCAAGUACUUGACCUUCAGCAUGCUAGUGUUCUGCAGUGUCUGGGUCACCUUCCUCCCUGUCUACCAUAGCACCAAGGGCAAGGUCAUGGUUGCUGUGGAGAUCUUCUCCAUCUUGGCAUCCAGUGCAGGGAUGCUUGGAUGCAUCUUUGUGCCCAAGAUCUACAUCAUAUUAAUAAGACCAGACAGAAAUUAUAUCCAAAAGAUCAGGGAGAAAUCAUAUUUCUGA